AUGGUGAUCAACUCUGUUGUGAUGCUUGAUACAUUUUUUAUUGAAAAUGGUUUGAUGAUUGAUUCAUUUGUUUCUUUGAUUAAUCACUCAUGUCUGCCAAAUGCUACAAUAAUUUUCGAAGGAAAAGAAUUGGUGAUUAGAGCAUUGAGAACUAUACACAAAAAUGAAGAAAUUACUAUAAACUAUUGCCAAAGAAAUACCCUAACUGAGUUUAGAAAACUUCAGCUUCAAAAAAGAUUUUUUUUCGACUGCAUUUGUUCUAAAUGCACAACACCCGACAUAUAUCUAAAGUUUUCAUGGCCCAGUAUGAUAUCAGAUUUAUCUUUUAGGAUAAUUGGUCUUGAAGACAUCAUAAAAGGAGAAAUGAUAUUCAAUCAUGUUUCAAAAUUGGAAGGCGGUAAAUUAGUUACCAAAGAUCUUGGAGCUAAUAUGAAUGAGGUACUCCAGAAAGAAAUAGAAGAUUACAUUAUUUUAAUAGAAUAUUAUUUUUGGAUAAUAUUCGGACAAAGAAUAAACAAGAGUCAAAGGUUUGGUGGGUUUUCCAAAUCAGAGAAAAUCACACAAAAUCUCAAAACAUCAAAUAAAGAUAUAUUUUCUGUCAAUACUUAUGGGAUUCCUCAGGAGAAGAUAUUCACCUGUUUAUUUGAAAACGAAGUUUCCAAUCAACAACAAAUGUUUAUUUCAUCUGGAGAUCACUUUAAGCAGAUUUCCAAAUUAGUGGAAAGAAUAAGAAAUGGAUCUUUAAUUAAGCUUUGCAACUGGCCACUACCAUUAGUUGUUUCUUCAAUCGUUGUAUACUUAGGAAACCCCAAAGUGAGAAAUGAAAUGAAAUACGGAAACUUCGAAUAUGUAAAAUGGUUAUUAAUUGAUACUUUUGAGGUGCAAAUUCCAACUCAGAGCGAUGGUGAAACUUUCAAUCCAAUAUAUGGCACAAUAUUUCAACAUUUGGCAUCUGCUUUAGAUGAAGUUAACGAAGCACAGGUUGAAGUGGAAUUCCAAGAAUAUUGCAUUAGAAAAUUUUUAUGUUGUGGUUGUCAAGAUAGCAAAUCAGAUAUUUGCAAUCAAGUAAUAAUGGUACUAAAAAAAAGUUGCCUUCUUCUAUUGUUGCAUGCAUAUGAUAUCUUAAAAAAAUCUUUUCUUUAUCAAGAGGUUGAAAGUUUAAUCAAUCUCGAAUUCCAUAUUAAUGACUGGAUUUUAAAAAAUAAAAAGGUGGAUGCUAUUAAAACAUGGUUGCAAAACCCUCUAACUUCCAAGCGACCUAGUGAAGGAUUAGGUGAAUUACUUGGGUUGUUUGAAAUUAAAGUAGGAAUCGAUGGAGAAAUACUACUUGCAAAUCAAAGAAAACAAAAAGCAAUUAUUGAUCCGCAUGAACUUCCCUGGGAAAAGUUUGGAAUCGAAAAAAAAGAGAAAAAGUUGAAAUUUUAA